AAAAUAUUAUUGUGUAAAGGAUUGCAUUAAGAAAGAUUAGGCAUCUUUGGCCAGGUCAAAUAAAUCUUAAUUUAAUUGUUAAACUCCAUAUGGCUUAGGUUGAUAUGAAGCCGAAACUAAAAAGAACAAAAACAUGAGAACAAGUAGUAAGACCAUUUCAAAGCUGCACUUUCAUUUGACAGGAUCUUCACACCCUUCAUAUAAAUAUACACUCAAACACAACCACGACACCUAUACCUUCAAAUGUACACACCUUCAAAAAAAGAUUAAAAAUAUAAAUAAGAAAACACUCUCAAGUGAUCUCUAUCAAGAUAAACAAACACACACUAAAAGAACACAGAUAUGGCAAGGAAGAGAAAAGCUACUACUAGUGAAGGAGUGGAAGACAAAAGCUCUAGUGAAGAAACUAUGGCUUGGGAUGAGAUGGUGAAGGAAGCUACAGCAGCUGCUGCACUGGGCGGAGCUCGAAGAGCUCGAAAGCGCUUUGUUGGUGUCCGGCAAAGGCCAUCUGGCAGAUGGGUGGCUGAGAUUAAGGACACCAUACAGAAGAUAAGGGUAUGGUUAGGCACAUUUGAUACAGCUGAGGAAGCAGCCAGGGCCUAUGAUGAGGCUGCUUGCUUGCUUCGUGGAGCCAAUACUCGCACAAACUUCUGGCCUUGUUCCUCUUCAUCAUCUUCAUCUCCAGCUCUUCCCUCCAAGAUCACAAACCUUCUUCUCCAAAGGCUCAAAGCAAGAAACAACACCACCAACAUCAACAAGAACACUCCAGUCUCAUCUUCUUUUGUGCCUAUCAUCAACAACCACCAGCAACAAAAUCAACAAAUUGAUGCUUGUCAUGAGGAACCAAUAGAUUUCUCAGAUGCCCAAUUCACUGAUUUUCUCACUGACCCGGAAGAUUACACCGCUAGCAACCUUACUGACAUGACCAAUAAUAGCAUUAGCUCAGCCACCAUUGACUACAUGACAUCAAGUUUUGAGUCAUGUUUAACCGACCAAAGAGAAGAUUGCAGAGAAAGAGAGCAUGAUGAGGGUUUGGAUUACAACCUGAGUGAUGGCUCAGGACAGACUUCGAGUGGCGAGUAUGGACACUCUAGAGUCGAAGGCGAAGAAGAAGAAGAAGAAGAUGGAGAGGAACAAGGAACUGGAUAUCAUGAGCUGAGUGCCAUGGAUUUCCAGUUUGUGGAUGAUGUUGAUCAAUCAACUUGCAACUAUUCUCCUUUUGAGAUUACUGGAGAGAUAGAGGAGUCAAUGGAGGAGGCUGCUGAGACUUUUUUGGACGAGCCCUCCAUGCUUAGAGAGGCCAUGAAGAGAAUGAAAUAUGAGAGAAAGUUCUCGGCUUCUCUCUACGCCUUCAAUGGAAUACCAGAAUGCUUGAGGAUAAAGAUUGGAGCAGGCAAUAUGAAUGGAAGAGUAAUGUCUGAGUCUGACCAACUAAGGAACCUAAAAAUUGCUUGUAACACAAACAAAGAAGAGAUGGCCAAGGAAGAACAUGUACAACUAAUGGAGAAGAAAGAAGAGGAAGAACCAGAAAGCUCAAAUGACUCGGGCUCUUCCUCCUCUGAUAUCAGUGACGAUGGUGAACUCAUGUCCCUUUGGAGCUCCCUUGAUCUUCCACCUAUCUGCUUUGUCAACUAAUUAGCAUUCAUCUAUAACAACAUUCCAUUCUUCGAUUCAAAUUAAGGGUCUAGAAUUCACAAUUAUUUUUGCAACCCUGAUCUUUCUUAUAUAAGUUAAGCAAAUAAGAAAAUGAACGCAUAUUUUUUUUAACUUUCUUUACAAUACAACUUAAUGAAAUUUACUUUUUCUUUUAAACUUUCAUUCUCAUGCAUACAACCGAGCCGAAUAUUUGUACUUGUAGAACAAAAAUGACCCUCUUUGAAUGGCUUUUGAAAAACCAAUAAACGGUAAACUUGAUUUUCUUAAUAAUGUCGCAAUGAUAAUAGGAAUUGAGUCAGCUGAAGCUCCUUUGAAAUUGCUUUACAAAAUUACAUCCAAUUUCCACUCACGUGGAGCUUACUUUGACGGACGUAAAAUUCCUCAGCGAGAGACGAAGGAAAUUAAUUCCAUGUAGAGAAAUUGCUUCCGUUCCGCUUGUUAAAAGUUUAACUAAUCCUUGGUAUUUAAAAAAAAAAGGCAAUUGCGUUGGGCAAUAGAAAUAAUUUUAAUUCAAGUUUGUUCCUUCUCCAGUCAUAAAAAUCAUAAUAAUCGUAAAACAAAAUGACACUUGUAAAAAAAACAAUAAUAAAAAAAAAAACUGGUGAUUGGUAAUUGGAUGACCGAGGCAAUCAAGUAAAAUAAAAAUAAAAAUAAAACGAAGUAAAUAGUUAUGGAACAUUAAGACUGAUAACCAGAUAUUUGUUUUGUGGAAAACGCUAACCAAUUGGAGAAAGUACAUCAUGAUACAGUAACAGUACAAUAAAAGUUGAAACUACAUUAUCAGAACAGCAUAAAAUCUCAAAGGGUCAAUUCUGUAUAAGGGGAAUUCACUUCCACAAACACCAGAAAAGCACCAGAGAUGUAACCCAGAAAGUGAUUUAGCCAUAUGCUAGCGUCGAAAGUCAGUUCGACAACUAUUACCAUAUAAAAUCAGGUAAUAAUGUUGGAAAAAACCCUGACACCAAAGGAUGGAUAAAUAUUUACAUUGCAAUUUUUUUCUUCUUUUUUUUUAUUCACAAAGAGUGAGUAGUUUCCACUAACUAAAAAAUAAGCAG